AUGUCCAUCUCUGCUGUCUCUAAUGGGAUCAAACUGCCAUUACCAAAAACACAAUGGCAUCAAAGAAUUCUUUCAGCUCAAUUUCUUACUCAUUUUCAGGUGAGCUCUGCACCUUAUCCUCCUUCUUUACAUUUGAAGAGAUCCUUUAAUUUUAGUAAGGAAAGAUUUAGGCUUGUAAAGGCUUCUGCUGCUCCAGUUGUUGAAGCUCCCAAAACUUCAUUCAGAAACAAAAAACCCGCUGAUAUCAAUGUAUUAGUUGUGGGUUCAACGGGUUACAUUGGGAAUUUUGUUGUUAAAGAGUUAGUGAAAAGAGGGUUCAAUGUCAUUGCUGUUGCUAGGGAAAAAAGUGGAAUUAGAGGCAGAAAUGAUAAAGAUAAGACCUUGGAAAUGUUGAAUGGUGCAAAUGUGUGCUUUUCUGAUGUGACUGAACUGGAUGCUUUGGAAAAGAGUUUGGCAAAUUUAGGGGUUCCAAUUGAUGUUGUGGUGUCUUGCCUUGCUAGUAGAAAUGGUGGGGUGAAGGAUUCAUGGAAGAUUGAUUAUGAUGCUACAAAGAAUAGUCUUGUUGCUGGGAGGAAAUUUGGGGCUUCCCAUUUUGUGUUGCUAUCUGCAAUCUGUGUGCAAAAACCCCUUCUUGAAUUUCAAAGAGCAAAGUUGAAAUUUGAGGCUGAGUUAGUAGAAGAAGCUGAAAAGGAUGAGGAAUUUACUUACAGCAUUGUUAGGCCAACAGCAUUUUUCAAGAGUCUUGGAGGACAGGUUGAGUUGGUGAAAGAUGGGAAGCCAUAUGUGAUGUUUGGGGAUGGGAAAUUGUGUGCUUGUAAGCCAAUUAGUGAGCCUGAUUUAGCAUCAUUUAUUGCAGAUUGUGUAUUGAGUGAGAACAAAAUCAAUCAAUUUUUACCCAUUGGAGGACCUGGAAAGGCCUUAACACCAUUGGAGCAAGGGGAAAUGUUGUUCAAACUAUUGGGAAAGGAGCCUAAGUUUCUGAAAGUUCCUAUUGAAAUAAUGGACUUUGCCAUUGGAGUUCUUGACUUCUUAGUGAAAAUAUUCCCUUCACUGGAAGAUGCAGCUGAGUUCGGGAAGAUUGGUCGGUAUUAUGCGGCCGAAAGCAUGCUUGUAUGGGAGCCUGAAACUGGAGAGUACAAUGCUGAUAAAACACCUAGUUAUGGAACUGAUACAUUGGAAGAUUUCUUCAAGAAAGUCCUCACAGAAGGAAUGGAAGGUCAGGAAUUAGGGGAGCAAACAAUUUUCUAG